AUCUCCACUUACGCACAACGCUGGCGUCACCUGGAAGUAGUCACACUGGGCGAGAUGACCGGAACAACAAAAUGGCGGAGAAUGAGGAGUUUCGGCAGGAGACGGUCCUGUAACGCAGACUUCAGCUUCUCGACUGGUGAAACAGCUGUGUGGCACGACACCAAAACCAGCAUGAAUCUCCAGCAGCCAGCCCCUCUCAUCCCCCCUGUCCACCCUGAUGUGCAGAUGAAGCCCUUGCCAUUCUAUGAUGUACUGGAUGUCCUAAUCAAGCCUUCAAGUCUAGUUAAAGAGAAGCUGACAGCAGAUCCAGACAGUGAGAUUGCUACAACAAGCCUUCGAGUUUCACUCAUGUGCCCGCUGGGUAAGAUGCGGCUUACAGUCCCGUGCCGGGCGGUGACCUGCUCUCACCUGCAGUGUUUUGAUGCUGCCCUGUACCUGCAGAUGAAUGAGAAAAAGCCCACCUGGAUCUGUCCUGUGUGUGACAAGAAGGCUGCAUACGAGAGUCUCAUCAUUGAUGGUUUAUUCUUGGAGAUCCUGAAUGACUGUUCAGAUGUGGAUGAAAUCAAGUUCCAGGAGGACGGAACAUGGUGUCCCAUGAGACCAAAGAAAGAUGCCGUCAAGGUCCCUUCUCAGUCUAUUCCAAAAAUUGAGACCUCCACUCCAUUGCGGCAGUCUUCAGUGGUCCUCCAUUCUACUGAGCCCAGCUCCACCAAGAAGGCUGAUGUGAUUGAUCUGACUCUGGAAAGCUCCUCCUCCUCCUCUUCCUCUUCUGAUGAAGAGGACACAGACCCUCCACUGAAGAAACGCUGUGUUUACAUUUCCAAGAAUGAGGAAAUGCAUGCAAAGGGAGUGUUGACCUACCAGCCCACUGUGCGCGUGUCAAACAUCCAGGCUCUGGACCCAUCGUAUUUGACCUCUACGCUAGCUGACUAUGCAGUCCCCUUCCACCCAUCAACCCUGGCCACCAUCCCUACAGACAUGCAGAGUCUGGAUUUGUUUUCUUUAAUUCAAGCCGAUCCUCAGCAUUACCGGCCACAGAUGUUCCUGGACAACCUGACGAACACCAUGCAAAGUGCAGCUGCUGCCAGCACCAGCUCAGCCUUGGUCUCCUCCUCAAGCAGCCACUAUGACACCAGCACCCACGCUGGCACCUCCAUCCACGAGUCCCGGGUCAUCGCAGGAGGUGGGGGGGGCACUGGAGGAGGGACUGACAGCAGCAUAUCAGAUAUCAUUUCACUAGAUUGAGCCACAUCUCACUGGACCUUUUUUAGGCCUCUUUUCUGUGGCCUUUUUAGUCAGGAAUACAAGUACAUGUCAUGUUGAGUUUUCCACAGAAGCACACAAAUUGGUAUAUAUGAGCACUUUCAUGGCCUGAAUAUUUUCCACAAUGUUAAAAACUAUCCAGGCAUGUUUAUUUUGCCCUUGGGGUUUUUUUAAUUGCAAAGGGCAACACUGUGUGUCAUUUAUUUUUACUUGAAUAUUUGAGAAACAUUCUCUUUUGAUUUAGCUCUGUAUAGUCUAAUAUCCCCUGGUGUUUUUAGCCAUGGGCUAGUCCAGUAUUCCCUGAUGUUUUAGCCCUGUUUUGGUCCAAUACUCCCUGAUGUUUUAUCCCUGGUUUAGUCUCUUUUCUCGGCAGAAAGAUAAUUGCCUGUAAUUCUUUUUUCCAGUUUUUUUCAAUGUUGGAAAUAUUUAGACAAACUUCAUUUAUACCAGUUUGUUUGCUUGCACAAUGCACAUACAUGUAAAUGUGACUGCAGCCUAUUCUGGCCCGAUUGAGCUGAACUAUGUGCCUAAUUAGCAUGGAACAGAGCCAGGAUUAAUGGAAGAACAGCUUGGACUCAAUGCUCUCAGCUAGAUGUUUCACACAACAUCCGUGCUAGUGAAUACAUAGUUCGAAGUAAGAAGCACCUCUGUAAAAGACUUGUGGACUGAUGAACAAGCUGUUGACUGUGGAGGUGUCUGACCUCCUCACACACCACAACAGGGCUGUUUCUGUCUAUUUUUAUUGUAUCUGUGCUGGCUUUGAAAAGCCCUGCUUUGCCUUUCAAUCACACAAAUGGUAACUGGAAGGCAGGUCAGUAAUUCAAAUGUUUUCAUUGGUUCUAACAGCUGUUAAUCAUUACUUUGAUGAAGUUUGUUACAGGGCAGCUUUCAUGUCAUACCAACAUAAAAUUUUCCUUUGUAAUUUAGUCCAAGCAAUAAUAAUUUAACUUCUGUUAGGUUAAAUUAAGUUGUAAAUGUAGUAGAUACUCGUACUAGUAAAUAAUUUAAACUGAUACAUGCCACUCUGCCACCCUGCUUCCAAAAUCAAAUGUACAGUUAUUGUUUAUGGUCAGUUUAUUGACUUAAAUAAAUUGCAAACUUGAGAUUUCAUCUUGUUAGAGAAAUACACUUAAAGGAAUAAUGCAAAAUGUGGGCAAAUAUGCUUAUUUGCUUUCUAUCAGAGUGAGAUGUUCAGAUGGAAGUGUAAACAUGAGUCGGGGUGUGCUUAGCUUAAUAUAAAGAUUGGCAGCAAGGCGAACUACUUGCUUGGCUCUGUCUUAAGUUCCAUAAAUACACCUUCUGACACCCUGAUAGCUCAGUAAUUAACAUGUUGUAUCUCAUUUGUUUGCUUUUUACACAAACAGACAUGUAGGAAUCACAGUUUGUAGUUUUAGGAGGCAUUUUGUGUUCCCAUUUAAAGUUCCGGUGUGUAACAUUUAGCAGGAUCUAUAGGCAGACAUAUAUAAAAUAUUCAUAUGUAUGUUUUCAAUAAUAUAAAUAAGAAUGGUGUUUUCGUUACAUUAAAAUUAGAUGUUUUUAUCUACAGAGGCUGUGGGUCGCCUUCCAUAGAUUUUACCAUGUUAAACCACCAUCUUUCUACAGUAGCCCAGAACAGAAAAAACAGCUUUUCAAUUUUUUUCACAUUUGCAAGUCUGCAACAACAGUAUUAGAUGCCACUAAAUCCUACACACUGGUCCUUUAAAAGUCCACUCUGUUAAUCUGAACUCUGACCUCUCUGCUAUUGUUGGAUUUUUGUGUGUGUUGGUAUAGAAUAGAUGGAUAUGACAUUUUCUCAGUGUUAAUGCCUACACUUAAGCCCAUUUACUCACAGUUGACAGAAACAUCAAGAACAAUAAACACGGCAGCUACUCUA